UACGUAAACCUUACGUUACGUAGUUUGCACGCACAGUUCCGUACUACGUACGGCAUCCGCAUCUCCAUUUUAUUUUCAUUCGAUCAGCUGACGCCGCCACACUUAGGCCUCGUCCCGGACAGACGUCCCCUUUCUAAAGCGUAUCGCGUUACGAUACAGCAUCGUAUCUAGUUUAGAUGCAGUACAGAAAUGGGACACCAUAGAUAUUAUGUACUGUAUAUAUAGUCUCCUGUAGUACUUUGUAGUAUCAAAGGAGGAGCAACAUGACCGUAAAAAUUCAUGCAACACUAUAGAAAAUGGAAAGCCGCACUUACCUACUCACCUGCAUCUCUGUUCCUGUACGAAUGCUGGCGAGUGUGGAUCCAGCGUAGUAAUUAUUGAUUUGUUACUGCUACAUCUCGAAUUUAUCAGAUUAGCUGAACAACGCUGGCCGUAUACAAUGGAUUCCGACAGUGAACGAAAUUAUCAAGAAGCUGUUUUGAAAAUUGUUUUUCUUGGAGAGCCAGGAGUAGGGAAGACGUCCAUAAUUCAUCGCUAUUUAAAUGACCAGUUUAGCGGUGAUUCCAUUCAGACCAGUGGUGUGGAGUUCCAUCGCAAGCGGAUUUCCUUUCCGGGGAAUACUGACGUCAGUUUGCACAUUUGGGAUACCGGCGGCGCUGCCUUGAUUAGCGGAAUGCUCAGUUCGUACCUGCACGAAGCACAUGUGCUUGUGUUCGUGUACGACAUUACUAACACCAAUUCCUUUGUGAAGUUGACGGACUGGUUUGAGAUGAUACAGAAAUACUACCCACCUACCGUUGAUGGAAGCAGUAAACGAAAAGAUCCAUUUAUGGCCGUUAUUGGGAACAAGUCUGACCUUCAGCAUCUGCGUACCAUCAAACCCGAAAGAGCCAUGAAAUUUGCUCAAGAACGAGGUGUUGCGGAGACCGGCGUUAUAUCGGCGCAAUCGAAUGACGGCGUUCAUGUUCUGUUUCGGAAAAUAACGGCUACUGUGCUAGGGUUACGGUUGGGACGUGCUGAUUUUGAACAAGACAUUGUUGCUGCUCAGCUCCCACAAAACUCCAGGGAUCCCAAUCCAAUAAUACGGCCCACUGGCAAUCCAUCACGCUCAUCCAUCUGUGCUAUUUCUUAGAGGAUAAGGAUUGCUUAACGUGCAUCUAAAUUCAGUAUUUGACUUCUCAUGAGAAUUUUUGUUUUUAUGCACAACUUCUUAGAUGUGUUCAAACAGAGAGUUCCGGGACGUAUAAUUCUGGAGCACGCCGCUGGUAUUACAGUAAUACAAGCACGCCGACACAAAGCGCACCUUGAAGUCAUUUGCACAACCGUAGUGGCAUGAUAUUAAAACUGACAGUCAGAUGUAUCGGUGGAAAUUCAUACUUUGCACCUUCCUCGGUUAUGAGCAAAAUUAUCUGUGGUACAGAGCUUGCAACAAGAACGUUUAUUAAAACUCUGCUUAAA